CCAGAUUCAUACCAUCAAUACUUCCCUGAAAGUCUUGGCCGCUAGUCCCAGGAUGAGACCCAUUUUAUGCUUAUGAUGCAAUUGGGAAGCAACACAUAUUUGAUGGCGCAGAAGCUGUAUAAGUCAGUCUGCUGGAACUUUGUAGAGGCGGUCCUGCUUCACCCCAGAGGCAGUGAGCAAGUUGUGGGAGCAUGUGCAGGCUUGUUGUCUCUCCCCUUUGGUUGCUAACUUGGACACAUAGGCCGUGAGGAC